AUGAAGAUCGAGGAGGUCCAGAGCACGACGAAGCGGCAGCGCGUGGCGACGCACACGCACAUCAAGGGUCUCGGCCUGAAAGAGGACGGCGUCGCGCUCGACCUCGCCGCGGGAUGGGUCGGGCAGGAGUCCGCGCGCGAGGCUGCGGGCGUCGUCGUGGACAUGAUCAAACAAAAGAAGAUGGCCGGCCGAGCGCUUCUCAUGGCGGGCGCGCCGGGGACGGGGAAGACCGCGCUCGCGCUCGGGAUCGCGCAGGAGCUGGGAACGAAGGUGCCGUUCUGUCCCAUGGUCGGCAGCGAGGUGUACAGCUCCGAGGUGAAGAAGACGGAGAUCUUGAUGGAAAACUUUCGACGCGCGAUCGGGCUUCGAAUCAAAGAAAACAAAGAGGUGUACGAGGGCGAAGUCACGGAGCUGACGCCGGAGGAGACGGAGAGCACGGGGGGGGGCUACGGCAAGGUCAUCUCCCACGUCGUCAUCGGCCUCAAGACGGUCAAGGGCACGAAGCAGCUCAAGCUGGACCCUACCAUCUACGACGCCAUGCGAAAGGAGAGCGUCCAAGUAGGCGACGUCAUCUACAUCGAGGCCAACAGCGGCAGCGUGAAGCGCGUGGGGAGGUGCGACGCGUACGCCACGGAGUUUGACCUCGAGGCGGAACAGUACGUCCCGCUGCCCAAGGGGGACGUGCACAAGAAGAAGGAGAUCGUUCAAGACGUCACGCUGCACGAUCUAGAUUCGGCCAACGCGAAGCCGCAGGGCGGCCAGGACAUCAUGUCCGUCAUGGGUCAGAUGAUGAAGUCCAAGAAGACGGAGAUCACGGAGAAGCUGCGGCAGGAGAUCAACAAGGUCGUGAACCGGUACAUCGACACCGGCGUCGCGGAGCUCGUCCCCGGGGUUCUCUUCAUCGACGAGGUGCACAUGCUCGACAUCGAGUGCUUCACCUACCUGAAUCGCGCGUUGGAGUCGUCGCUCGCGCCUAUCGUCGUCUUCGCCACCAACCGCGGCAUCUGCGAGAUCAAAGGCACGGACGGCAUGAGCGCGCCGCACGGCGUCCCGGUGGACCUCCUCGACCGUCUCGUGAUCAUUCGAACGCUGCCGUACACCCCGGAGGAGAUGGUGAAAAUCCUCGCGGUGAGAGCGACGGUGGAGGGCCUCGUCGUGGACGAGGAGAGCCUCGCGUACCUCGGCGACGUCGGCGAGCGGGCGUCGCUGCGGCACGCGGUGCAGCUGCUCACGCCCGCGUCCGUGCUCGCGAAGACGAACGGGCGGGAGGAGAUCACGAUCGGGGACUUGGAGGAGGUUGGCGAGCUGUUCUUGGACGCGAAGGCGAGCGCGAAGCUUCUCACGGAGCAGGCGGACAAGUAUCUGUCGUGA